AUGGCAAUUUCAACACAUGCCCUCUCCCAAAUCCGGCAAUACUCGACCCGCGGUCUCCCACGCGAUCCUCACUACCGCCUCAAAGCCACCCUCGCAACAAGUUACGUAGUCUCUGCGCUUGCAUUACCCUUUGUCCCGCCACUAUUGGAGACAAGAAGGGCCAAGGCGGAUGGAAGUUAUUUGACAAGUAUCUCGGAUGCGCGAGAUGAAGCGAUUUCUCUCAUUUCUGACUUUUUUUCUUUUCAUUACAGCACUCUGGCUGCACACAAAUUUCGCACCAUUUCAUCAUACAUACCCGGCGUUCCUUCACUUUCAGCUGGUUUAACAUAUAAACACUAG